AUGGACAAGUACGACUUAGUUCCGGACAUGCCGUCCGAUUCAGAUGUUAGUGUAAAAUCUCCAACGAAGAAUGUGAAGAAGAAUCGUCUUUCAAAGUACAUUCCUAUUUUGGACUGGCUACCCAAUUACCAAUGGAAGAAACAUUUGAGUGGAGAUAUAGUUGCUGGACUCACAGUAGGAAUCAUGCAUGUCCCUCAAGGAAUGGCAUACGCGAGUCUCGCCGGAGUCCCACCAGUUUACGGAAUGUAUUCAUCUUUCUUCGCUUCUUCCAUUUACAUGCUAUUGGGAACUUCUAGACACAUAUCUAUAGGUGUGUUUGCUGUGGCUUCGCUCAUGGUAGGAGCCUGUAGAUUACGUUUGGUGCCUGACGAAAUACCUAAUGACAAUUCAACUAUUACGUAUCCAUUGGGAAGGGAAGUUUCUCCACUCGAGUUGACUUCUGCUCUGACCUUUAUCGUGGGAGCAGUACAGAUCAUUUUGGGACUGCUACGUCUGGGUUUUGUCACCACGUACUUGUCAGAUUCAUUAGUGUCUGGUUUUACGACUGGAUCCGCUGCUCACGUCCUUGUCUCACAAUUGAACAAAGUAUUUGGGGUGAAAUUACCACGACAUGAAGGCAUUGGAAUGUUAGUGCUGAUGGUACGAGACCUUAUCCUAUCUCUCACUGCUACCAAUUAUGUUGCUCUUAUGAUAUCAAUAGCUGGAAUUCUUUUCUUGGACUUAGGACGCACAUACGUAAACCCAUUUGUUAAAAAAUUCAGUCCCAUCCCACCACCUCUUGAAUUAAUUUUGGUUAUCGCAGGAGUAGUGAUUUCUGUUAUAUUCGGACUAAAAGAGAACUAUGAUAUUAAGAUUGUGAAUACCAUUCCACGAGGUUUACCUUCUCCAUCUCUUCCUGAUGUGAGCAUUAUGCCCAAGUUGAUCGGAGAUGCCAUCCCCAUAGCCAUUGUUUGCUACAUGUUCAUUGUUUCCAUGGCUAAACUGUUCGCAAAGAAGCACAAAUACAGAGUUGAUCCUACACAAGAGCUGUACGCUGCUGGUGUCAUGUCCAUCGGAUCUUCAUUCUUCCCAGUAUAUCCAGUCGGAGCAUCUUUAUCACGUUCAUCAGUUUGUGAAAUGUCUGGAGCAAACACUUUAUUAUACACAGUUUUCUCAUCUUCCAUUCUACUGACGGUCAUUGUCUUCCUGGGACCUUUCCUCGAGCCACUUCCAAUGUGUAUCUUGGCUUGCAUUGUUAUUGUUUCCCUGAAAAGUCUUUUCCUUCAAGCCUUUGAACUUCCGCGAUACUGGAGAGUAUGUAAAGCUGAUUUCGCUAUUUGGCUGGUUUCAUGUCUCGCCACCACGUUGACCGACGUUACAAAAGGACUAAUAAUUUCCAUAGCUUUUGCAGUUCUUACUAUUGUACUGAGAGAACAAUGGCCCAGAUUCAAUGUCAUCACCAAUUCUUCUAUCCCACCUCAGAACGUACCGGACAAAGUCAAAAUUCUGAAAUUUGAUGCUCCUCUUCAUUUUGCCAAUGUCACCAAAUUCAUCGAAAGGUUAACAAACGUCUUCCAACAUGAGGAGAAUGAGAAACUUCUUGAAUGCUCCGCAGUGAUCGUUGAUUGCUCUGCAGUUGCUUAUAUCGAUACCAUGGGAAUAGAAGCUUUAAAAACAAUUUACAAAGACGCUGAAAAAUCUGGACAUGUAUUAUAUUUUGCCGAAUUAAACGAAGACGUGCUCAAAGCCAUCGAUAGCGAUAUAGGACAUGGUGAAGCUCUGCCGGACACAGCUCUCCCUAAGACCGUUAACGAGGCUCUUCUUCAUUUCUCAAAAAAUCCUGUUUGCCAAACAGUCUAA